AUGGCGAUUUUAUCUGUUGUAGUUUCUCUUUUUACAUUUUAUUGUUUUUAUAGUGGUUAUAAAAAAUACAAAAGGGUCCAUGAGAGUGAACUGAAAGGUCCAUUUCCUUUACCAAUCAUUGGUAAUUUUCAUCAAAUUUCGAGACUACCACACAGAGAUUUAACAAAUAUGGUUAAAAAAUAUGGAAAUAUUUUUAGAGUCUAUUUUGGUGAUAUUUAUACUGUUGUUGUAUCUGAUCCUUUGUUGGUUAGAGAGAUGUUUGUAAAGAAUGCCGAUAUAUUUCAAGACAGAUUAGAAACACCUCUUACAAAACAUGGGUCAUUAUACCACGGAACUACCACAAGCAAUGGUGAAUAUUGGGUAAGAAAUAGGGAUAUAGUUUCUAGGGCAAUGAAAAAAACAAAUAUAAAGCAUGUAUAUGAAUUAUUGAAUGAGGAAAUUGACCGAAUAGUUACCGUUAUGAAAAGAAUGAAUUCAUCUGGUGAGAGUUUUGACCCUAGAUAUAAUUUAACAAAGUUUACCACAUGCGCAAUGUUUAAAUAUAUUUUUGACGAAGUUUUAACAGAUGAAAAAGAGAGCCAUGACAAAGUAAAACAAAUAAUAGACCCAAUGGAAAGGUUAUUUAAACUAAUGGGAGGAGGAAAUCUUUUUGAUUCUUUGGAUAUAGGACAACCAUUUUAUUCACUUUAUUUAAAAUAUACCGAAAAGGACUUUGAUAAAAUUUUAAAUUUUGUUAAAGUUAGAUUAAAUGAACAUAUAGAAACCUAUAAUCCAGACAAUACAAGAGAUUUGUUGGAUGUUUUAAUUAAAGAAUAUGGUGUUGAUACCGAAGAGGAUAGAUUUUCAAUAAUAACAACAUGCGGAGACUUUUUAUUUGCAGGGGUUGAAACUUCAGCAACUGCAUUAGAGUAUAUGCUAUUAAUGUUAACAAAUAGACCAGAAAUACAAGAUAAAGCAUAUAGUGAAAUCAAACAUCAUUUGGGCAAAAGAAAUAAAGUUUUACUUUCAGAUAGAAGUUCCUUAAUCUACACCAAUGCAGUUAUUAAGGAAACACUUAGAUUAAAGAUGGUUACCGCAUUUGGGCUACCCAGAAAAUGUUCAGAAGACUGUAUGAUUGGUGAAUAUUUUAUUCCAAAAAACUCCCAGAUAUUGGUAAAUUUUCAUGCUUUGGCAAUGAACAAAGAUUAUUAUAGUAAUCCAGAGACAUUUGAUCCAUCAAGAUUUUUAGGAGAUACCAACCAAGCAUUCAUUCCAUUUUCGAUAGGUCCACGUUCUUGUGUUGGGAGCCAGUUUGCCCAAGAUGAAAUAUUCAUUUGUUUAUCAAAUAUAUUAUUAAACUUUAGAUUAAAAUCAAUAGAUGGAAAUAAAAUUGAUGAGGAAGAAGUUUAUGGAUUAACACUAAAACCAAAAUCACCAUAUAAAAUUAAUUUGGAAUUAAGGUAG